GACCUUCGAUACGCACACAACAUGGCUUUCAUUCUUCGGCGACCGUUCGCUUUUUCAGGGACCCUACGACAGCUCUCCAAGCCCUCGCAGUCAGUAACGGUGCGAGCAUUCCACCAAGCGACACCGAAGCCGCAAUCCCCGAACGUCUUCAGUCAACGCACAAUCGCCCCCUCACUCUCAAAGUCGCAACAUGUCUUCCGCGCUACAUUUCGGAGAAACUACCAGCAGGCUGCAUACAAUCCCGUUGCGCAGGGCGAUCUGCGACAGCGUCUACUCUUCGGAGCUGGUAUCUUCGGGGCCACUCUGCUCGGAAUCAACCUAAUCUUCAACCGAGAGACUCGUGAAGAUGGAGGAAUGCCUGCAUAUGAACGGGAAUACCUGAAUGACACUUUCAUGCACACUGGACUGGGCGUGGGUAUUAUCGGACUUGCUGCCCGCCAGCUGCACGUUAGUGGAUGGAGCUUCCGGUUGAUGGCGGCGAACCCGUGGCUUGUGCUCGGCUUGGGUCUUGUUGGCAGUAUUGGAACGAUGUACGGAUGCAUGGCUACUGAUCCUAAUAACUAUGUCCAGAAGUACACCCUGUGGGGAGCUUUCAAUGUCACGCAAGCUAUGCUCCUCUCGCCACUCAUGUUCUUCCAGCCCGCUCUCCUCGCUCGCGCCGGUCUCUACACUGCUGGAAUGAUGGGCUCCCUCGCUUUCGUUGGCGCCACCGCUAAGCAGGAGAAGUACCUCUACCUCGGCGGACCACUUCUUGCAGGCGUUGCCAUCGUCGCCAUUUCCGGUCUCGCUCCGCUCGUCCUCCCCGUCACCGCUGCCAGGACUCUCGCUUUCACGGAGAACAUCUGGCUCUACGGAGGUCUAGCAGUCUUCGGUGGCUUCACUCUGUACGACGUCCAGAAGGUUCUGCACCAUGCGAGAUUAGCGGAGCAGGGCGUCAUCAGGAAGGAUGCUGUCAAUGAGUCCAUUUCGCUCGAGUUGGACUUCCUGAACAUUUUCAUCCGGAUGGUGCAGAUUUUGAGCAUGAGCCAGAACAGGAGAAAAUAAGGGUGGGGCAAAGCGGAUUUAAUGGCAUGGCAUUAUCGGCGUCUUCAGGGAUGUAUAUAUUAGGAUGGACUUCUGUUUCAACGGCACCCCUCUCAUAUUCGUAGUGCUUUUAGAUAGGGUGUAUAAUUACGGGACAGCGUAUGAUUUGUAAUCCUCCCAGGGUUUGUGACGAGGAGAUGUUCAGCAUCUAGGGUCACAUGGUUCCAAGCCUAUGCCUCUGACGUGGACAGAAGGGCACAUUCUUUGACGUAAAGGAGGACUAGUAUCAUGAAAUGCGCUCUAUAUGGCUUUAAGUUCCAAGGAGGGCAUAGUUGUACUCUGCUAGAGAGAUAUGUGAUGACACGAUCUAUCACAGCAGAGCUGGACUCCUCGCACGCACAUUCCAUUGAAAGUCCGCGACCCUGACUGUAUAUUUCGGGUCUUAAUGUCCUGAAUAACUAGCUAGUCAACG